AUGAAAAUCAAGGGUUCUAUAUGGUUUCUUCCCCUUGUUGUGGCCACUCUUAUAGUGGCUGUAGCCGCUGGUAACUUUUACCAAGACUUUGAAAUAACAUGGGGGGAUGGUCGUGCAAAAAUCCUUGAAAAUGGGCAGAGUCUUAGCCUCUCUUUAGACAAAGCUUCUGGCUCUGGUUUUCGUUCGAAAAAUGAAUACUUGUUUGCAAAAAUUGACAUGCAGCUCAAACUUGUGCCUGGUAACUCUGCUGGCACAGUCACAACCUAUUAUCUAUCUUCUCUAGGGCCUACUCAUGAUGAAAUAGACUUUGAAUUUCUUGGUAACUUAAGUGGUGAUCCUUAUACUCUUCAUACAAACGUGUUUGCACAAGGGAAAGGGAAUAGAGAACAACAAUUCCAUUUGUGGUUUGACCCCACCAAGGACUUUCACACAUAUUCUAUUCUUUGGAAUCCUAAAAGCAUCAUAUUCUCUGUGGAUGGAACACCAAUAAGAGAAUUCAAGAAUUUAGAAUCAAAAGGGGUUGCUUUUCCAAAGAACCAACCUAUGAGGAUAUACUCCAGUCUAUGGGAUGCUGAGAAUUGGGCCACAAGAGGUGGGCUUGUGAAAACUGAUUGGGCCCAAGCCCCAUUCACUGCCACAUAUAGAAACUUCAACGCUCAAGUCUGUGUUUGGACUUCUUCAGGUUCUUCUUGUUCUUCCAACAAAUCUCCAUCAUCUUCGUCAACUCAAUCAUGGUUAAGUGAAUCAUUGGACUCAAAUGGCAUAGCCAAAGUUCAUUGGGCACAAAAGAAUUAUAUGAUUUAUAAUUAUUGCACUGAUACUAAACGUUUUCCACAAGGACCUCCUUUCGAAUGUCUUGCUUGA